GCUCCUGUCAAAAAUAGCAUUUGGUCAAGUCCUUAUAUAAAAUAUGGUCUCCCACUAGGUUUGCUAGCUACAGCAGGAGCAGUUAUGAUG